AUGAUUGCAUCCGCAAGGUCCGUCCUCGUUGCCAUGCUGGCCAGCACCGGCGCCAGCAUGGCAGGGCGUUUGAUUGCUCCCGACCCCGACAGCCUGGCGGCUCUUGACUCUCCGCUGGCUGUUUCGAUGGAGGAGUUGCAGGGCAUGAAGAUUUCCGAGAGGCAGCAGGACAUUGCAGACGGUGUGUUUGACGAGGGCCGCUACGCCCUCCAGGGCGCGACGGCCUGCUCCAACGGCAAAGCCGGGGAGUACUCGUGCAGAAAUGUCGACCUGAAGGGGUUUCUGCGUCACGAGGACCUGGGAAGCCGGACGCGCGAAGGCAAUGACGUUUGGGGUUGGACCUCGUCCACCGGAAGGGAGUUUGGCAUUGUUGGCCAAAGCGACGGUUCUGCCUUUGUCGAGAUCUUGAAGGACGGCAGCCUCGUCGGCAUGGGCCGGCUUCCCACGCAAACCAGGAGCUCUCCAUGGCGCGACAUGAAGGUCAUCGGCAACCACGUCUACAUCGGCUCCGAGGCACCCGACCAUGGCCUCCAAGUGUUUGACCUGACCAAGCUGCUGACGGUCGACCCCAGCCGCCCGCCGACGUUCGACGUCAACAGGGACUUGGCCGCCCACUUCGACGGCUUCGGCAGCAGCCACAACAUCGUUGCCCACGAAAAGAACAACAUCAUCUACGCCGUCGGCACCGCCCGCAAUGGCAGGUGCUCAGCAGGCCUGUGGAUGGUCGACGUGUCCGAUCCCGGGAACCCGCGGGACGUGGGCUGCGCCGGUGCCGACGGCUACGUCCACGACGCCCAGUGCCUGACGUACAACGGCCCAGACGCGGCACACAGGGGCAAGGAGAUUUGCUUCGGCUACAACGAGGACAGCCUCACCAUCUACGACCUCUCGACGCGCUCGGCCCCCAGGAUCCUGUCCCGCACGCCGUACCAGGGCGCCACGUACACCCACCAGGGCUGGACCACGGGGCCUGACCACCGAUACCUGCUGCUCGACGACGAGCUCGACGAGCAGAAGCAGAACGGCGCCGCCGCCGACGGCCACACGACCACGUACAUUGUCGACGUUGCCAACCUGUCCAAGCCCGUCUUCACCGGCUACUACAAGAGCCCCGUCAAGUCCAUCGACCACAACCAGUACAUCGUCGACGGGCUGUCCUACAUGUCCAACUACGCAUCGGGCCUCCGCGUCGUCAACGUGACCUCUGUUGGGCGCGACAACACGGGCGCCGGCUUCAAGGAGGUUGCCUUCUUCGACGUCCGCCCCGAGGAUGACGCCGUCGGCGGCGAGACCGUCUUCAAGGGCGCCUGGUCUGUCUACCCGUACUUCCAGAGCGGCCACGUCCUCGUCAACAGCAUCGAGCGGGGCAUCUUUUCCGUCAAGCUCACCCUGUAA